AAAGACAAAUCGCAAUAUCCCAUAUAGUCAAUCGAAAUCAUAACCUCUUUAAGGGAUGUUCAUUCAAUGAAAAAAUCCUCGAUUGCGAACAAAUACAAAAAUGGAUUUAAAUCUGCAUUGAAUCUUCAAGUGUACAAAAGGUUUUCCACCAGAGUCCGACUAUAGAUCCGUACAAAUAUCGAUUUAAUUCAUAAAUAAUGCCUCCGAGUCGUUUGGAUGCCGUUUAUAGAAGUAUCCUUCUGACAAAAUUCUUUACAAAGGGAUGGGGCAAUCCUCAGAAUUUGAAAAGGAUAUUCGAGUUUAGGAAGGUCAUAGCCAACCGAGAAACCUGUUACAAUCUCAUACCUCGUAAUUAUCCAAUAAAUAUAACAAAGGACGAACAAUGGUCGGACUGUCAUAUAAUAGAAGGUUCCUUUACUUCCCCUUUUGAUCUAUACCUAUCAGGAAUGAUGCCGGAGAAAACAAAAACUGCAUAUUUUCAAGUUAUUUUACCGCGUGGAUGGGACUCUUAUAAAGUAAAACCCAUUUGUUUGCAUCUUGCCGGUACAGGAGAUCAUUUUUUUUGGCGGCGGAGGAACUUGAUUGCCAAACCAUUGCUUAAAGAAUCUGGAAUCGCUUCUAUACUUCUGGAAAAUCCGUUUUAUGGAUUAAGAAAGCCAAAAAAUCAAAUACGCUCGAGUCUACAUAAUGUGAGCGACAUAUUUAUUAUGGGUGGAUGCUUAAUAAUGGAGUCGAUUGUUUUAUUGAAUUGGUGUGAGCAACAAGGAUUCGGACCGUUGGGUCUGACAGGUCUAUCGAUGGGCGGACACAUGGCAUCGUUGGCCGCUACAAACUGGCCAAAACCCAUAGCCCUGGUACCGUGUCUUUCUUGGUCGACAGCCUCGCCUGUAUUCACAGAAGGCGUUAUGAGUGCUUCAAUAAACUGGAAUCUCUUAGAAAGCCAAUAUUUCUCUAAUGAAAUUUAUCAGAAUGAUCUUGCAAAAAUGGUGAAAGUCAUCGAAGAAGAGGAAGCAUUCUUGGCUGGGCAACAUUUCGCGAAACAUUAUCCUGCUAGCAUGAACAGAAUAAAUAGAUUGAAGAAUGAAUUUCGAAAGAGUAAUGACGAAGAAGAUGGUCUUAUUACUUCUGGGGACGAUGCUGGACCGAAUGACAAUAAAAUUAACGAUAAAAUUGAGAACGAAAUUGAUAAUAAUUGCCUAGAUAAUGCGUAUAAGAGGAGCAAAGGAAACGAUAUGAUGCGUCAAGUAGCAGAGGAAAAAUCCGCGGCGAAAUUGUUUUCUCUGAACCUUAUAUCGAAGAAAUUUAAAUCAAACGAUUUAGAGGCACCCAAGGGUGUUUGUUUAUUUCCCGUAUCGAAGCACCCACUAUUUUCAGACGGGAAAUGGCGCGAGAGGGAAGCCUUGCAAUUUAUGCGUGGUAUAAUGGAUGAGUGUACACAUUUAAAAAAUUUCGAAGUUCCCGUCGAUACGGAACUCAUAAUAGCUGUCUGUGCGCGUAACGACGCUUAUGUUCCACGAGAUAGUUGUAUGAGUUUAGAAAAAAUUUGGCCUGGAGCUGAGAUACGCUACAUCGACGCCGGUCAUGUGAGCGCAUAUCUUCUUCACCAAAAAGUCUUUAGAUCGACAAUUGCCGAAGCAUUUCAGCGGUCAUUGAAAAAAUAUCCUCUAGACGUUAGUUGACAAUACGUGAUAUUUUUAUGACGGAGGAAAUAGUUGAAAAUUUAUGUUUAAAAUAAAGAAAACGAAUGUCUAAUCGUCGUUAAAAAAAGUCAUCUUUAAUUUGUCGCCAUUUAUAAAAAUAUGAAAAAAGAAUAUAUAUAUAUAUAUAUAUAUAUAUAUAUUGCACGAAAGGCGUAACAUUUUGAAUGUAAACCGAAUUGUCGAUCGGCCAAAUCGCUAGUUUUAUAUUAUUAUUAUUAUUAUACGGAGUAGUUAGGAUCACUUCCGACGAGGCGAUUGGAAUUGUAUUUUUUGCCAAGUUUUUUCAAGGGGCAAGAAUUUUAUGUCUCUGCCGUAUUUAUAUAAGAAUAUACAUGUUUACACUGGGA